AUGCCGGGAUCAGUGCGUGUGAGAAGGGCGCGUCCUGGCAGCGGGCUGUGGCGCUGCUCGGCGAGAUGCGGGAGGCGAAGCUGGAGCCCGACGUCACCUUCCUACAACGCUGGGAUCAGCGCGUGCGAGAAGGGCGAUCAGUGGCGGCGUGCCCUGGCGCUGCUCGGCGAGAUGCGGGAGGCGAUCUUGGAGCCCAAUUCAUCAGCUACAGUGCUGGGAUCAGCGCGUGCGAGAAUGGCCAGCAGUAGUAGCGGGCUUCGGUGCUGCACAACGGGAUUCAGCUACAACGCUGGGAUCAGCGCGUGCGAGAAACGCGAUCAGUGGCAGCGUGCCCUGGCGCUGCUCGGCGAGAUGUGGGCGACGAAGCUGAAGCCUGACGCUAUCAGCUACGGCGCUGCGAUCUUCUCGUGCGCUGCGGGUAUGCAGUGGAAGCUGGCCCAGUCGCUGCUGAGCGAGAUGUGGUUGGCGAAGUUGGUGCCCGACGUCCUCAGCUACAACGCUGGGAUCAGCGCGUGCGAGAAAGGCGAGCAGUGGCAGCGGGCCCUGGCGCUGCUCGGCGAGAUGCGGGAGGUGAAGCUGGAGCCCGACGUCAUCUCUUCGAAACUGCAGCGACCCCUGCGUGCAGGGAGGGCCUGUGCCCCGACUACAACGCUGGGAUCAGCGCGUGCGAGAAAUGCGAUCAGUGGCAGCGGGCUCUGGCGCUGCUCGGCGAGAUGCGGGAGACGAAGCUGGAGCCCGACGUCAUCAGCUACAGCGCUGGGAUCAGCGCGUGCGAGAAAAGUUAUCAGCCCCAGCGGGCCUUGGCAAUGCUCAGCGAGAUGA